CUCAAAAAUACCAGCUUUCUGAUAGUGGUACCUCCAUUAAUGGUUAGUGGAGCUUGGUAGGUGCCAUCACCCAACUCGACCGACCAUAUUCUCGAACUCCCCUGCUUCACUAUAAAUUCACCCACCAUUAGAGAACUCAACAUAGGUCCAAAGUUUCAGUAAAUCUUAGUGAGUUUCGAAGAAGAAGAAGAAGGCAUAGGAAAAAUGACGAUUAAAUCAGUUCUGAGCUUGUUGGGUUUUCUUCUUCUUGUGAGUUUUGUUACAGAGAGAGUUGCAGGGGCCGGAGAAUGUGGAAAAUCCUCGGUAGAUAGCCAAGUAUUUAAGCUUGCUCCUUGUGCUGAAGCAGCUCAAGAUGCAAAUGCGGUGGUUGAUAGCAGCUGCUGUGCUCAAGUGAAGAAAUUGAGCCAAAAACCAAGUUGUCUGUGUGCUGUGAUGCUCUCUCCAACCGCGAAGAGCGCAGGGGUAAACCCAGAGGUCGCCGUUACCAUUCCCAAGCGCUGCAACUUCGCUGACCGCCCCGUCGGAUACAAGUGUGGAGCCUAUACUCUGCCUUGAAGUGGACAAGAGAGAGAGCGUAUGCUACUAGGAUGCAAUGCUCUUAUAGAAAAUGAUGUACUUAUUGUAAUAAAGUGGGCUUGUCCAUAACUAAUAAAGUCUUAUACUUCUCAAUA